UGCAACGGCGCCAUGCAUGAGAUCGUUCCGAGCAAAGGACUUUCGUUGGCGAGAGUACUGGGAGCCAGAAGAAGUUUUGGUUUCAUGGCAGCACCUCCUGAAGGGAGCAUCGCAGGUUCCAGUACGAAGAGGAAAGAUCUGGACGAUGAUUACAACCGUCGUGUAGAGGAGGCCAAUCUAGCUGUGGACGAAGAGUAUGACAAUUUACAGAGGGAGGAGAUGAGGAAAAUUGAUGCCUUGAAAAGGGCAAAACUGAAGGAACUGAAAAUAAAGCGAGAGGCGAGGCGUGCGGAAAUGCUGUGUGAAGUGAAAAAAAUAUAUGACAUGGAUGUUGAGAAAUUAAAUUCAGCUGAGGGUAGUGAUGGGGAUGUGGGUGGUGACUGCAGAGAGCCUACUGAAAAAGGCAAUCAAAACUCAGAGGAGGAAGCUGGAGGGCUUUGCGAUGACAUUGAUAUGACAGAAGCGUCCUGUCGUGAAGGGAGAGUCAUGGUACAACCCAAAAAUGGAAACAAAUCUGACGCAAGCACUGAAGACAAUGGGACAAGUUGGGAAGAGAUGUUGACAGACUGGACAUCAAAUUCAGAAACACCAACCGAUGAAGCUAUAUGUGGAACGAUUGGUGAGAUAAAAUCGCCUGGCAAUUUCCCUCCAGCUAGCUCUGUUUUGUCUGAAAAAAUGACACCGUCCCAAGGCAGAGGAUCUUAGGGGCAUAAUCCAUUCCUAGGUCCUGUAAUAUAUGAUGACACACCUAUGAGGUUGGUUGAGCGCACUCAUUCUACAGUGAAUAAUAAAGGAGGCGCAGGGGAGUCGUGGGUGGGAGAUGUUGGGCCGAGAUUCGAUAGCUGUGGCAGUGGGAUGCAAAUAGAUUUGCUCACAGAUGUUCCACAACCCAAAAACAUAGAUGGAUGCUUCCCUCGAAAUCUAGAACCUUUUUUCGAUGGCUGUGACGAUAUAAUUGAUGUUGUCAUGACAGAAAAAGGU